AUGAGGGAGGCACUUAGAUUAUCACGCAAGUGUGACCUUCAUAUACACUUAAGUCAACCACCUGUUGACAUGGACGUCGAUAUCGAUGAUCUAAGAACAAGGCUCCUGCUUCCUCCUGCAACGAACGUGCAAGAACUAAGGUUUCAAACGACUGAGGAUGAAUGCAUGUGGGAACGAUCCAUGUUUUUUGAUGCAUUCUUUGAGAUUUGUCAUCCCAAGAGCGUAUACGCAAAGCCAGACGUUCGCUUCAAACACAACAAUCACUUUUGCAGACUCAUGUUGAGGGAGGUCUUGGAAAAGAAGACCACCAUUACUGGAAUCGUGUAUUGGCCUCAUUACCUAAAACAUGUUCAAAUAAAACAGGCUCUUGAACCCUAA